AUGCACUCCACACGCAAAGAUUCUGCUAGUAACGACUGGGCGGAGAUAUCAGCAAGCUCCAAGAUGACUCUAACUAGCCGCUGUCUCUCAUAUGUUCGUUCUUCCUCAUUCAGCACCCUCUUCCGCAUGCUUGGCCUCAAAAAAGUGACCUUCCUUGGGGGCAACGAUCCUGAACCGCCAAAGGUCUUAAUGGACUCAUCAAGAUCGCGUGCAAUCGCGCACUGCGCAAUUCACAUCAUCCCCGCAUUUUUGUCCAUCGCUCUUAUAGCCCUCAACUGCGUAGGGUUCUUCGCCGGCAAUGAGCUUCAAGGCUUGAAGGAUCAAGAUGAGCUAAAGCUGGGUUUACUCCAGGUGGCGGCUAAACUUCAGGAGCUUCUCAUUGUCGCAAGCGUGGGGUCUAUCAUCUUCCACCUUAUUCGCUCUGAACUGGUCUUCGGUGAUGGUAUGGUCCUUGGACUACUCGUUUCGGGGUUCUCCUUUUCUCAACCUAGUUACUUCUGGUCCCCCGAGUUCCUGGGGAGUCUCGGUUGGGCUUGUGGCGAAGAUGUGCCUUACGGACAGCGAUGGAAACGCUGCGCUUUUAUUCUUCUCAUAUUCAUCAGCGGUGCUCUGGCUCUCCUGGCUGGGCCCGCUACAGCAGUGCUUAUGAUACCCAGGAAAAUAGAUUGGCCGGUCGGUGGCGGCAUCUAUUGGCUGAAUGGAAGCGAUGACCAGUUAUGGCCCAGGUUUCUCGACGCAGCCUAUUACUCCGAAAUCAACUGCACGCUCGAGACCGGCCAGUUCACAGACAAUAGGUGUCCUUCACAUAGCUUCCUUCCCAUGUACCAGCACUUCAUCUCGUGGUGGAACGGUUACAACACGGGAUAUGGCUUUGAGCUAAACGAUGUGUGGCAGCGAAAGAUGAUAUACGCGAGGCCAGCCUUGCUCUCUGACGCCAACACAUGGGCCUAUUCCGCCCAUGCCCCAACUGCGGUAUUGCAGGAUGCGUUGAGAGGUUAUCACUUCAAGGCUUUAAAAUAUCUCGCUAAGAAGCAUCCUAAUACGACGCCGUUUCCAAGGCGUCUGGAUUGGGCAAAGCCGAAGCGGUAUGAGGUUAAAACCAAGAUUCCAGCUACGAGGGUCUACUGCGAACUGCAGGGCAUAAUGGACCUCUAUGGCCAAAACUUGACAGUAAAAUUCCCCAAUUUGAAAGGCCUCGACGAGUAUUGGGAAGACAAGCUUGAUCAGCCAGAUAUGGAAAUAGAUGGCGCCAAGGUAUCAGAUAAGGUUGACGUCCUUGGUGAUGUACAACGAGCUCUGACAGCCCGAGGGAUUCUUCGAGACGAAAAGUCGGUUCUGAAUGAGUCCAUCUUUGACGACCGACGGGAAAAGCUCAUCAUCGCGACAGACAUUUGGGACUCCACAAAGAACUCUCUAGGCCUGGUCAUACUAUUGAAAGACUUAUUCAGCCAUACAAAUGUCACGGCAGAUAUCUCUCCGCCAUCAAACGUCGUCGCCUGCUCCAUUGACGCCCGUUGGGCAAAAGGGAAGACAGUUAUUCAGACGACAGAGGACUAUCCUAUCUAUCACGAGUACUACACGGGCAAAGUUCUCAACUUGAUUCAGACGGAACUCGACUUCCCAGAUCACAUGGGCUAUGUCCGCGCAAGACCUACGGCCCCAUACAUGGAAGACAUCAGACUCACUCCGGACUGGUACGACAUGCUAUCUCCCACACUGCCCGAUAGCUCGCCUGAUCACUUGCCCUGGAUGCCGAUUCAUGGAUCGAAGCGGACUACUCUUGAGACGCUACUCAUCAGCGUCUACAACCAGGAUUUCAGGCAAACAGAGCUUGAGAAUCUGAUUGCUACCGUAUUCGUGGAUGGCUUAUCUCGCAGCGGUCUCAUCCCUAACUAUAAUGCAUCCCGCUUCCUCGAGGCAUGGUCAUUUGGCGACUUUGGCGUCGAGAACGACGAGCUGGCUCGGAAGUUGCUGCACAAGGGAGACCCAAAAGAGAUCUUCCCUGAGCCAGCGAUCCUCAAGUCUGGAAAGUCGAAGCGUAUGGAGAUGAGAGCGAUAUACAAUGGGUAUGUCAUGACUGCCAAAGACUGGUUUGACUACCUUUGCAUCUUCUGCCUUGCCCUGCACGCUGCGAUUGCCCUUAUACACACCGUCUUUGUUGCCUUCAUCAAGCACAAAACAGGCGAGGCAUGGGACUCUAUUCUGGAACUGAUCGCCUUGGCGCAAAGAUCGACUCCGCCUGAGAGACCUUUGCUUUCCAAUACAUCUGCUGGUGUGAAAUCCUUCAGAACCGUCAAGUUGGUUGCCUGGGUUGAAGCGCCCGAGACUAGGGAGACAACUGCGUUAGAGGAUCAGAAGUUUCCAGGAGGGGAGUUGCAGAUGAGGUUCAGUGAUAGCUCCCAGCGGCGAGAGGAAGAGUUGAAACCAGUAGUUGAUAAGGUGUACGGAGUACCAGUACUACGGCGAGGCUAUCAGCUACUACAGAGUGGCCAUAUUGCAUAG